AUGCCCUUGGACACAUCAUCAUACACUCUUGCGCAUCUGCGCCUGGACGGAAGGAGAUGGAAUGAACUGCGACGAUGCCACGGACAAAUGUCGACACAGGCCGCCGCCGACGGUUCCAGCUACCUCGAGAUGGGCAACACAAAGGUCAUUUGCACAGUCACUGGUCCAACAGAAUCGCGGCGAUCAGGAGGUACCGGCAAUGCUGAAGCAAAGAUUGAGGUCGAGAUUGGCUUGGCUGGCUUCAGCGGUGUCGAGCGCAAGAGACGUGGAAGAGGUGACAACGAGAUGCAGCACACAAUCGCUUCAGCCUUUGCCGACACUCUCUCAACACAAUUGUACCCUCACAGCACCAUCACCAUCAACCUGCACAUCCUCUCUCAGGACGGCUCAUUACUAGCUGCAUGCAUCAACGCCUCAACUCUCGCUCUCAUUGAUGCUGGUAUUCCCAUGACCGACUACAUCUCAGCCUGUACAGCCGGCAGUACCGCGUCCUACGCUUCCAACGACGAGCAAGCCGACCCUCUACUCGAUCUGAACGGCAUGGAAGAGCAGGAGCUGCCUUUCCUGACUGUUGCGACCCUUGGCACAGACGACAAGAUCAGCGUUCUCAUGAUGGAGACCAGAGUUCAGCUCGCUCGUCUUGAGGCCAUGAUCGCUGUUGGUGUCGACGGCUGCAAGCAAAUCAGGAACACCCUCGAUGGUAUUGUUCGCCAGCACGGCAACACUUUGCUGCAAAAGACCGUGACUUGA